AUGGUUUACUGCUCCGGUAGCCUUGGUAUUGAUCCGAAGACUGGUAGCUUUGUUCCUGGUGAUGCGUUAGACAGAACUGUCAGAGAAGUCAAAAUUUCCAUUCUAAUCCGGAACGUCCAACUGAUAUUUACUGUGCAAGCACUUCGAAAUCUUGAUCAGGUUCUCGAAGUAGCCAAGAGUGAUCUAACCAAGGCUGUCAAAGUUACCAUUUUCAUUUCCAACAUAGAUCACUAUGCGAAGGUUAAUAAGGAACAUACGAAAGACCAAGCCAAGCCGUGCCGCACAUGUGUUGCCGUUGCAAAGCUUCCCUUGGAAAAAUAA